AUGGUGGAUUCCCCAUCGGUUUCAGGGAACCGUUUACUGACAAGAACAGACUCCAUGCGCUUCUUUUCUUCAAGAGGAGUCAAGAGUUUUGCUUCCGGUUUCACGUUGGCUUCUAUCUUGCUUAUGCUCUUCCUCAUUCUAAAUCCUUCUAGCUACCAAUCAUCUCCAAGGCUCAGAAAUGCCUUCCAAUCUUCACGUGGUGGAUAUCAUUUCUCUAACGUCUUUGCUCACAUAUUCCCCAACUCUUCCUCUUCUCCACCCUCUCAUGAUCAAACUUCUAAGAAUGAUGAUGCAAUAGAUCUUAGGUUAGGGACUAGUGCUCCUUCUCCUUCUCAAAUUUCCAGAAAGGAAGGCUCUGGACUCACAGCAAAGGAGGAACAUAGAAUACAGGCACCACCACAAGAGCCUUCUCUCACUGCAUGGUCACCAUUACCAAUUCCUAUUACAUGGUCACCAUCACCGACUGCUUCUUCUCCAAAUGAGAAGCACAGUGAGCAAGAUUGGAUGGAAAUGUGGAAGGAUUGUGAUAUGUAUGAAGGGUCAUGGGUCAGAGAUGAUUCAUACCCUCUUUACAUUGCUGGCUCUUGUCCCUAUAUUGAUGAGCCUUUCAACUGUUUCCGCAAUGGUAAGAGUGAAAAUCUGUAUGAGAAGUACCGCUGGCAGCCCAAGAAUUGCAACGUGCCAAGUGAGAUGAGUAAUGUACGCAGGUUUAAAGCUAAUGACAUGUUGGAGAUGCUAAGAGGGAAACGUUUAGUUUUUGUUGGUGAUUCCCUCAAUAGGAAUAUGUGGGAAUCUCUGGUUUGUGUUCUUAGAAAUUCAGUGGAAGAUCAGAGCAGAUUGUUUGAAGCCUCUGGUAGAGAAGAAUUUCGAACUGAGGGUUCGUACUCAUUUAUCUUCCAAGAUUACAAUUGCUCAGUUGAGUUCUUUCGUUCGGUGUUUCUUGUUCAAGAGUGGGAGACUCCAGACCUGAAGGGAUCAACAAAAGAAACACUUCGUCUUGAUGUGCUUGAGAGAUCUUGUGAUAAGUACAAAGAUGCAGAUGUUCUUAUCUUUAACACAGGUCACUGGUGGACUCAUGAGAAAAGAAUAGAAGGUAAGGGAUAUUAUCAAGAAGGAAAUCAUAUCUAUGGACAAAUGAAUGUUGAGGAGGCAUUUCAUAAAGCUUUGUUGACAUGGGCACAGUGGAUAGAUUCUAAUAUUGAUCCUAAGAAAACUACAGUUUUCUUCAGGGGCUAUUCUCCAUCUCACUUCAGGGGUGGAGAAUGGAAUUCAGGUGGUAAGUGUGACAAUGAGACAGAACCACUGGAAAGUGAGUCUGACUUAGAAACUCCUGAAAUGAUGAUGACCAUUGACUCUAAACGAGAAUAUGACAGAAGAAACAAAAAGACAUAUGCUCACACACCAGGAUUGUAG